AUGAAGUCUUAUUCCCCAGCACCAUGCCAGAACCCAGGUAAGCUUGCUCAUCCCAAACAAGUCUAACAUACCAUGUUAGAUUACAGCCUAUGACUGCAGUUGAUAUGCCCCCUCUUUAAGUCAAACAGACAUAAAUACCAGUCUGAUCCCAUUUAAUGAGACAUGUUAGAUAGGAAGUGUCCAUAUGUGUCUUUUUCUAGGGGUAUGUCCCUAUGGCCCCUGGUCCAAAGUAAUGUGCUUUAAAGGCAAUAGACUAGGGUUGAAUGGCGGGAACCCGGUUACCAAGAUUUACCGGGAUUUACUGCCCCAAACCACUCGCUUUUCUCAGGAUAAAUAACUGCAAGAAACAGGUCAAUCAUAAUAAAUUAUUUAUAUAAACAGCAUGGCGUGAAAUGGAACUGCUAAAUGAUAUGCAAUGUCUAAAUCUGGCUUCUCUACGAAAUGGAACUGUUAAAUUAUAUGUGAUGUCUAAAUCUGGCUUCUCUACAAAAUGAAACUUAAAUUAAUUGCAAUGUCUAAAUCUGGCUUCUCUACGGCCUAUGCAUGAUGAAUCAAUGCUCAGGGUGGGGACAGACCCAUCUCAGUAUGGAGAGCAGUUCACAAUGCAUGUAGACCGAUCAUCUCAUUAUGGUAACUUGUGACAGGUAGGCCUACAUUUGCUGCAGCAUAGCCUAUGCUACAGUAAAAUAAAGACCAAAUGCGCGUUUAAUUUACCCAUCUCCAUCUGGCUUUCGGGGGUCACCUUGUUUUUUUAAUUGUAAAGAUGAUUGUAUUUUUUAUUGCAGCUACAGAGUUUUAAAACCUGAAUAUCAUUGCUUUAAAUCAGUGCACGAGCUCUCUCUUGCAGUCUUUCUCUCUCUCUCCAUCAACUCCAUUGAAAUUGCAUCCAAAAUAGAUAAUCAUGUUCUAGAUUGAUAUAUAGCCCUAUAUAUACAGUGCCUUCGGAAAGUAUUCAGACCCACUUAACUUUUUCCACAUUUUUGUUACAUUACAGCCUUAUUCUAAAAUUGAUUAAAUUGUUUUUUCCCCUCAUUAAUCUACACACAAUACCCCAUAAUUAUAAAGCAAAAACAGGUUUUUUGAAAUGUUUGCUAAUUUAUUAAAAAUAAACAACUGAAAUAUCACAUUUACUUGAAGCACCUUUGGCAGCGAUUACAGCAUUGAGUCUUCUUGGGUAUGACACUACAAGCUUGGCACACCUGUAUUUGGGGAAUUUCUUCCAUUCUUCUCUGCAGAUCCUCUCAAGCUCUGUCAGGUUGGAUGGGGAGCGUUGCUGCACAGCUAUUUUCAGGUCUUUAGGUGCCUUUUGGCAAACUCCAAGUGGGCUGUCAUGUGCCUUUUACUGAGGAGUGGCUUCCAUCUGGACACUCUACCAUAAAGGCCUAAUUGGUGGAGUGCUGCAGAGAUGGUUGUCCUUCUGGAAGGUUCUCCCAUCUCCACAGAGGAACUCUAGAGCUCUGUCAGAGUGACCAUCAGGUUCUUGGUCACCUCCCUGACCAAGGCCCUUCUCCCCCGAUUGUUCAGUUUGGCCGGGCGGUCAGCUCUAGGAAGAGUCUUGGUGGUUCCAAACAUCUUCCAUUUAAGAAUGAUGGAGGCCACUGUGUUCCUGGGGACCAUCAAUGCUGCAGAAAUGUGUUGGUACCCUUCCCCAGAUCUGUGCUUUGACACAAUCCUGUCUCUGGGCUCUACGGACAACUCCUUCGACCUCAUAGCUUAGUUUUUGCUCUGACAUGCACUGUCAACUGUGCGAUCUCAUAUAGACAGGUGUGUGCCUUUCCAAAUCAUGUCCAAUCAAUAGAAUUUACCACAGGUGGACCACAAGUUGUAGAAACAUCUCAAGGAUGAUCAAUGGAAACAGGAUGCACCUGAGCUCAAUUUCGAGUCUCAAUGCAAAGGGGCUGAAUACUUCUGUAAAUAAGGUUUUUCUGUUUUUUAUUUUUAAUACAUUUGCUAAAAUGUAUAAAAACCUGUUUUCGCUUUGUCAUUAUGGGGUAUUGUGUGUAGAUUGCUGAGGAUUUUUAUUUAUUUAAUCCAUUUUAGAAUAUGGCUGUAAUGUAACAAAAUGUGGAAAAAGUCAAGGCGUCUGAAUACUUUCCGAAGGCACUGUAGAUGUCCUAGCCUACCUCUUUCAGGUAAUAUGUUCAACACAGCCUUAUAUUUAGCUAAUUAAUGAUGGGUUAUACAUAAUAAGCUUCUAUUUUAUAGCCUCUGUCUCUUGCGCCAUACGCAAGCACAUGUGCUCCGCUAGCCUCUCCUUAGCUCUUAGGAGUCUCAUGCAGGAAAAGCUAGAAUAGAAUAGCUUGCUGGACAUCUUUUUUUUGCAUUUCUUAUAGCAUUAGACUAUUCAAAGAGGGAAGCAAGCUCUUUUUUGCUGAAUGUUAAAUACAGCAGCCAAUAGAACUCACGGGUAGUUUGAAAGAAGAGCGAACGCGCGAUGGCGGUGGACUAUAUCAGUUAUUUACUGUCACGAUCGUCAUAUAUAGAGGAGGACCAAGGCGCAGCGUUGAAGGCGAACAUAUUUAUUUAUAGACUGAUCACACGAUCAAAACAACAAAACGAUGACGUGACAGUCAAUGGUAAUACACAAACCAAAUACGAACAAGAAACCACAAUGAAUGAGUGCCAAACGGCUACCUAAGUAUGACUCCCAAUCAGAGACAACGAGCUACAGCCGUCUCUGAUUGGGAGCCACCCUGGCCAACAUAGAUCUACAAAACCAGCAAGUGAAACCUAGAACACACAUAGACUAUACACACCCUGGCUCAACAUAUUAGAGUCCCCAGGGCCAGGGCGUGACAGUACCCCCCCCUAAAGGCGCGGACUCCGACCGCGCCCACCAAACACCACAGGGGAGGGACCGGGUGGGCACUCCGCUUAGGCGGCGGAUCCGGCUCCGGGCCUGAUCCCCGCUCCCUCUCCAACCCCCCAAAGUACCCCUGGUCCGGUCUGGCCCCGCUGGCCGGAGCUGGACUGCACACUGGUGGAGCGGAUUGCUCUAGCUCCGGCGUGAAGCAUCUGACCGGUGCCGGACCAGCCACCGGUGGAACAGGCACGGGCCGUGCCGGACUGACGACGCACACCACUGGCUUGGUGUGGGGAGCAGGAGCGGGCCGAGCCGGGCUGUCGAAGCGCACCACUGACUUGGUGCGGGGAGCAGGAACGGGCCGAGCCGGGCUGACGAAGCGCACCACUGACUUGGUGCGGGGAGCAGGAACGGGCCGAGCCGGGCUGACGAAGCGCACCACUGACUUGGUGCGGGGAGCAGGAACGGGCCGAGCCGGGCUGACGAAGCGCACCACUGACUUGGUGCGGGGAGCAGGAACAGGCCGAGCCGGGCUGACGAAGCGCACCACUGACUUGGUGCGGGGAGCAGGAACAGGCCGGACCGUACUGGGGACACACACCACUGGUCCUACGCAGGGAUCUGGAAUGGGCCGGACCGGACUGGUAACACACCCCAGUACCUCUCGCCGUGCCUCUACACCUUCCACCCCCUCUUCGACCAGUGGCCCCCGUAACCUGGCGGCCUCCUCUGCCAAUCCGCUGGGCCGCUCUGCCGCGGUCUCCUGCUGGCCCGUCGUCCACGGCGUUAGCCCCCCCCUAAAAAAUUUCUGGGCGUCUCUCCUACCCGUGGACCAGGUCUCCAUGUCCCUCGCCAGCCUUUCGCCCUUCUGCCAUAAUGUCAAGCCCUUCUCUUCCUCACUCGGCUUGACCCAGUCGAGGAGGCAAAGGAGAUCUGCUAGGGAUCUCCCUGGUGAUGGCUCCUGGACACGCUGCUUGGUCAAAUCUUGGUGGUUUCUUCUGUCACGAUCGUCAUAUAUAGAGGAGGACCAAGGCGCAGCGUUGAAGGCGAACAUAUUUAUUUAUAGACUGAUCACACGAUCAAAACAACAAAACGAUGACGUGACAGUCAAUGGUAAUACACAAACCAAAUACGAACAAGAAACCACAAUGAAUGAGUGCCAAACGGCUACCUAAGUAUGACUCCCAAUCAGAGACAACGAGCUACAGCCGUCUCUGAUUGGGAGCCACCCUGGCCAACAUAGAUCUACAAAACCAGCAAGUGAAACCUAGAACACACAUAGACUAUACACACCCUGGCUCAACAUAUUAGAGUCCCCAGAGCCAGGGCGUGACAUUUACUUAGACCCAUAACCAUUCAAUCUUCUUGAAGAGAAGUGAAAGCCUUCUGCAUCUAAUUCUAGUCCUAUAUUAUUCAAGGAUGUUAUUAGAAUGAUUAAGAUAAAGACAACAAAACUUAUUUCAUUUAACUGUUGAAAACGAGGAAGGAAUGGAGCAACAAUAGAGAGAGAAAGAGGAGGUAGGCUAAUAACAUUAGAGGAAAUAUUAUGAAAGAUAUAUAUGCGUCAGCGUACUAAUUAUACAAAUUACUAUUAUAAAACUAUUAUAUUUCAAAAUUAAAAUCAAAUUUGCUAGUCUAUACUUGUAACUUUGUAGGCCGCAUGUGCUGCACCAUAAUCGAAUGUUCACUUCUGCUUUAUCAUGUGGCAGGUAGCUUAGUGGUUAAGAGCGUUGUGCCAGUAACCGAAAGGUCGCUGGUUCUAAUCCCCGAUCCGACUAGGUGAAAAAUCUGUCGAUGUGCCCUUGAGCAAGGCACUUAACCCUAAUUGCACCUGUAAGUCGCUCUGGAUAAGAGCGUCUGCUAAAUGACUAAAAUGUAAAUGUUUGAACGAUGUGCGUAAUUCCAGUUCACACUCAAUAAGAUGAGCCUACUGCAGCUAGUUUCAUUUAUUUACCCUAGAGAACUACAUCUAUGGGCUUUUAUGUUUUUAUGUCGUGCGUAAUGCGCAGUAGCCUAUAUCAUACAGUAUAUGUAUUGGAUAAUGGCACAAUCAUUUGGGCUUUUUUGGGCUUGGGCUCAUUAAAUGUUGUUAAUGUAGGGCUCAUAAAAGGUAUUUCAUAUAUGGCUCGUCAGGCUCAGGUAGCAUCAGGUUUGAAUUUUCAUGCUGAUCAAAGCUCUAAUAAAAUCCAGACACUUCCGGUUUGGGCGGGAAAUACCGGGUUCAGCAGGAGAAAAGUUAUUUAUUCUCGGGAUGGAAUAUUUGUAAAAUACCGGGAAAAUAUUCAACCCUAGAAUAGACUGCCAUUUGGGACACAACAUUUCUGAAUCAGGGUACUGUACAGGGCAGACAGACACUCUGGAGGUUUGGAGAUAUAAAAACAGACUAUGCCACAUCAGUUCACCAGAGGUCCAUAUUAAUAGUCUAAAGUGGUUUCCUCCCCUUUCGUCUCCUUUACGUCGUCUGCACGGAUGAGAAAGAGUUGGAAUGGUGAAAGCAAAUACCUGGUGGAUAUCCACCGUAGUGCAUUCACCUACCCUGUUUUUCCCCCUUUAGAUCUGUGCAGAUGAGAUACAGAGAAGAAGCCUAGCUUAGACUAUUGGGAUGAACCCACAUAUCUCAUAUCCCCCAGAAUAUCCCUUCUCCUGGUCGUGUAAAACUCUGGAAGCUAAUGGGUUAGCGCAGUGCUGCCAAUGCCAUGUCCAUUACACAUCGACUGUAUGUCAGACUCAGUGGAUUUUUUUUCACAUGCCCCUUUCUGCUGCUUCUCAGGGCGUCAAUGAACAAGAGCUCUGGGGGACUAUGGAGGGCCAUUGCUGACAACUCUAUUGGAUUUUAUUGGUGCUCUGUUGGAAUAUGUGUGAUUUUUAAAUGAUUCCAUGGGCUCCAUUUUAUCAAACCUAACGUUAUGGUAAAUCUAAGCGCAGGCGGUAGCGCUAUAGGCUCUCGAGUGUGUCAGAAAUGUUUAGCUAUUUUCACUAUCACAAUUAUCUGUGCACUCCCUGGCGUUGGCGCGAAAGGGCUGGGUUUUGAUGAAUAAACAAGUUGUCGGUGUGUCGAAGUUUGGGCCCUCACCGGACAAUCAGAACAUGCUCCAUGCGAAAUAUGUGGUUGCUUCAAGUUGUGUAUUUACGGCCUUUAUGUAUUGCCUUGGAAUCAACUCCGAUUCCAAUGUUAGUCCGUUAUAGUUUGUUAAAUGGCUUACAGAACGAAAUAACAAAAUGUAGACCCAUCUUUGCUAAAUAUGUUAACUUGAACCCAUUUGCCGUCCACAUUGUUGUAAGUAAUUGAAUGGCUUCAAUAGCAUUCACACUGAUAUAGGAGCUAAGUCUACUGUAAAUUGCAUUAUGGCAGAGCAUGGUCAUGCCAAACAUUGUCAAUAAACAAGAUUAAAUUAACUGUUUAUAAGGCCUAAAAAGAGAAUGACUAAUUCUAAUCAAAUUCUAAACAAAACAACAACUUGUUAUAAUAUUAAAACAACGCAGACUAUGGAGCGUUUUACGCAUGUCCAAACCUUUCACAGUAGCUGGACAAAGGUCCAAUAUAAAGAGAAAGAGAAUGUCCACUCACCUUUAUACUGCUCCUAAAUAGGCCUAUGUUUUAUGAACAUAAUCGGAACCAUUUUACAGAUCAGAUCGCAUUCACACAUCUCCAGAAGUUGCAUUGCAAGCGCGCCAUGGACGUUGUCACCAUAAAACCAGGAAGGUGAAUCAUUCUAAUACGUUUGGUUGUAAUAAGAUUAAACGGAAAAACAAUACGUUUCUUUUUAAAACAACAAUAAAUACAUUUAAAAUGUGAACAUUUCAUAACAUCUAAAGGAUAAAAAAAGACAAGCAUUGCUGUUGAACCAGCCUUCCUUAUAGUAGGCCUAAGGGAGGGCUUGGGUUUUGAACAUAUGAAACCGAAAACAAGCACUUAUUACAGGUUACAGAUAACUUUUAAAUAGGAGCGUCACCGGUAUUCACCGCGGUUCUCAUCUCUCGUUUCAUGAUGGGCAUUGAUACAUAGCCUACAUUAUGGCGGGGGUUUUACACAAGUCCAAAACGGGACCUACAUGUCUAAAAUAAUGUGGGCCUGCCUACAAUGAAUAGAUAAAAAGGGAAUGUCAGCUCACUGUUUUACUCAUCUCAAACUUGAUAUUUUAAUAAAGCUUUGGUGAUUAAGAUUUAUUUCCAAGCGGUCUCAGGAGCCAAACCUUUUAUCGACAGUCUUGACUACUUCGGAUUUCAUUGGGCAGACAAAAAAAGUCUUAAUUGAGAGGAGGGGAGGCUAUGCUUGGUAAAAAAAAAUAAAAAAAAUAAACGAAAUGGGAAAAAACAUUCGUUUUUUAUGUUUCUAAAUACGAAGUACAUAGGCACCAAAAGCACAUUGGGCUACUCUUGUUCCAUGCGCAAAUGCGUCACGGCUGGAUAGGCUGCGUUUCCGCUGUCAAAAUUCAUGCCAUAACCAACUGCUAAAAUCAGCUUUUGGUUGGUCUUAAAUAUCCCCGUCAGCGCUGCCUGAAAUUAGGACUUUUGAUCAUGUUUUUAAGGACACUCCUCAAAUAGUUCCACCCCGCCCAUCUGAGUGCAAGAGAGCUGAUAUAAGACAGGUAAAUUGCCGAGCCUGGCGUUAGGGCUGGAAAAUGGCAGUGCGCCAGUUUUUACAUGACAAAUUUGCAAACUAACAUGCGUUUGCCGCUAGUGCCAGCCGAAAAUAGAGCCCCAUAUAUCUCUUAUAAUAUACAGUAUCAAAUGCAGUAGGGGUUAUUAAGGUGAAUUGGAUGGUUAAUUGAAGGAAAUCCGUCAUCAUAAUCAGGUCUGUGAGUUGAUAUGGUCAGUAGUGGUGGUGCAAUGCUUUUAUCCUUGUUGGUGCUGAAAGCAAUGCCCAGCAAAGAGUCACAGAGACCUUAUCCAUUCACUACAUAUUCAAAGAGCAAAAACAAAGAACGAAAAAUGAUACAAAUCUAUUUGGAGCUACUGCUUCACAAUAGAAGCUUUCAGGGCAAGUUUUAUUAUUAUCGGAGCAAUUUGUCUUGCAGCUGCUGCAAAAUCACCUACGGAUCUGCCUGUACAUAUGAAUCAGAACUUAAUGUUUAAUAUUUAUUAAAGUUCAAGUGCCUGUGGUAUUUUGCUUAUCAGGUGAUGCAUGAUAUUCCUGUUCUAAUGUCUACAAUGAGUCUCUCUCUCGCUGUCUCGUCUAAUCACUGACCACUAGAGGGAAGCAGAGUAGCAGUGUACAAAACAUUAGGAACACCUGCUCUUUCCAUUUUACAAUUUAGUCAUUUAGCAGACGCUCUUAUCCAGAGCAACUUACAGUUAGUGAGUGCACACAUUUACAUACUGGCCCCCCGUGGGAAACGAACCCACAACCCUGGCGUUGCAAGCACCAUGCUCUACCAACUGAGCUACAGGGGACUACAGACUGACCAGGUAAAUCCAGGCGAAAGCUAUGAUCCCUUAUUGAUGUCACUUGUUAAAUCCACUUCAAUCAGUGUAGACGAAGGGGAGGACAGGUUAAAUAAGGAUUUUUAAGCCUUGAGACAAUUGAGAAAUGGAUUGUAUAUGUGUGCCAUUCAGAGAGCGAAUGGGAAAGACAAAAGAUUUAAGUGCCUUUGAACGGGUAUGGUAGUAGGUGCCAGGCACACCAGUUUGUGUCGAGAACUUCAAUUCUGCUGGGUUUUCCAUGCUCAAUAGUUUCCCAGGUGUAUCAAGAAUGGUUCACAACCCAAAGGACAUCCAGCCAACUUGACACAACUGUGGGAAGCAUUGGAGUCAACAUGGAACAGCAUCCCUGUGGAACGCUUUCGAACACCUUGUAGAGUCCAUGCCUCAACGAAUUGAGGCUGUUCUGAGGGCAAAAUGGGGUGCAACUCAAUAUUAGGAAAGUGUUCCUAAUGUUUUGUCCACUCAGUGCAUGUCCAUGUACUGGCUUCUUCACCUCUCUAUCUACUUCUCUGUCUACCUGUGCUGUGUUAUGCUGUUACAUUAACAUAUUGCUCUAAAUAAUAUGUAUUAAUAGGAGAUGGCAUAGCUCUUACACUGACAUUGCUUUUAAUAACAAAACAUGCCUUUCUUGUGCUCCAUAAACCCUUCGUAGAAACACAAGUGCGCUGAACUCCCAUGUAGGGCUUCAGAUGGCCUCGACCACACACACACACACCACGCAUGCAUGCGCACAUACACACACACAUGCACACACACCUUCCUCACCUUGAUGCUGGCGACACAGAGGACACAUAAAUUGAGCUCCUUUUAUCUCUCUCUCUGACAUAGUCGCAGCGCUUUGUCUCAUAGUAACCUCCUCCCUGUUCAUGAGUUCCUCUCUCUCUCUCUCUUGAACUAAUCACAUUUCCACGGGUUCCUUUAGCUAGCCUCUGGUUGAGCUUGUAAUCUUAACUGACCCAUCAUACAGCCGUGGACUGUGGCGACAGUCCUAACAUAAGGGGAAGUUAACCAUAGUAUUGACCUCUGUUCUCUCCAACAUGUUUGUGUCCUUGGUGUACCUCAAGGCAAUACGUUUGUGUGUGUAUGUGUGUGAGAGAGAAUACUGUGUUGUAUCCUUGUAUAUAGGUCAUGGAUAUGUGAGUCAGUAUGUAGUGUGACAGGCAUCACAUUAACCACUGUGUUUCCCAUCACUAUGACAUUAUCCCAUCACACAUGAAGAACAACAGCUAUGAAAGGGUUGGAGACAAAGGGGAGAGCCUUGAUGACUUGGCCUGUGAAACAUGGCUAUUUAUAAUGUGUGAUUUAGCAUGUGUGAUAUGUCCAUUGCAUUUCCAUUCAGAAUGUAACCUUGUAGCCUCGGUGGUAAGACAAGUGGGCUACUCUACAGAAUGAGUAGAUCUAAUGUAGUCUGAUGUGAGUGGAUGUUCAAAAUUGUAUUGUUAACACACACACACACACACACACACACACACACACAAAUAGAGAGUUGAUUUCAUGUUAGUGAAUUAAGUGUCCCUAAAUCUGCAGCAGUGGUUCCUCUAAUCUCUCUCACCCUGAUCUUAUCAGCACGGGCACAGAACAACAAGAACAGAACAAGAACAUAGAUAUUAGAUUAGUACAUUUCUGCUGUAGAAGAAUGUUCUUUAGCCUUUCUCAGAAUUCAAUAAGAAACACGGGUCGGUGAGGAGGUAAUUCACAGUAAUGGUUUACAUUGUGUCCCAUUCUUGUUGAGCGUCCACUUAUCAAUCCAGAUCAAAUGUUUGUUACAGACCAAGAACAGGUUGUUCUUAGCCAGAUGUGCUGUUCUUCUGUUUGUUGUUUUAAGAUUUUCUUUUAACAUUUAAAGCUAGAGUCCCUAACUGAAACAAGAACAAAGUGGUCACCCUCACCUCUGUUUUGGUCAAAAGCUGAGGAAAGGGCCUGGAGAAAUGUAACCACUCUCAAAUGCAUAGACACACACUACUUUUACAUUUUUGUCAUUUAGCAGAUGCUCUUAUCCAGAGCGACUUACAGUUAGCGAGUGCAUACAUUAGUUUUUUUAUUUUUCAUACUGGCCCCCCGUGGGAAUCGAACCCACAACCCUGGUGUUGCAAACGCCAUGCUCUACCAACUGAGCUACAUCCCUGCCAGGCAUUCCCUCCCCUACCCUGGACGACGCUGGGCCAAUUGUACAACGCCCCAUGGGUCUCCCGGUCGCGGCUGGCUAUGACAGAGCCUGGAUUCGAACCAGGAUCUCUAGUGGCACAGCUAGCAGUGUGAUGCAGUGCCUUAGACCACUGCGCCACUUGACCAAAAGUAUGUGGACACCUGCUCGUCGAAUAUCUCAUUCCAAAAUCAUUGUCAUUAAUAUGGAGUUGGUCCGCCCUUUGCUGCUAUAACAGCCUCCACUCUUCUGGGAAGGCUUUCCACUAGAUGUUGGAACAUUGCUGCGGGGACUUGCUUCCAUUCAGCCAAAAGAGCAUUAGUGAGUUCAGGCACUGAUGUUGGGCGAUUAGGCCUGGCUCGUAGUCGGCGUUCCCGGUUCAUCCCAAAGGUGUUUGAUGGGGUUGAGGUCAGGGCUCUGUGCAGGCCAGUUCUUCCACACCGAUCUCAACAAACCAUUUCUGUAUGGACCUUGCUUUGUGCACGGGGGCAUUGUCAUGCUGAAACGGGAAAGGGCCUUCCCCAAACGGUUGCCACAAAGUUGGAAGCACAGAAUCGUCUAGAAUGUCACUGUAUGCUGUAGCAUUAAUAUUUCCCUUCACUGGAACUAAGGGGCCUAGCCCGAACCAUGAAAACAGCCCCAGACCAUUAUUCCUACUCCACCAAACUUUACAGUUGGCACUAUGCAUUGGGGCAGGUAGCGUUCUCCUGGCAUCUGCCAAACCCAGAUUAGUCCGUCGGACUGGCAGAUGGUGAAGUGUGAUUCAUCACUCCAGUGAACGCGUUUCCACUGCUCCAGAGUCCAGUGGCGGCAAGUUUUACACCACUCCAGCCGACGCUUGGCAUUGUGCAUGGGGAUCUUAGGCUUGUGUUCGGCUACUCGGCUAUGGAAACCCAUUUCAUGAAGCUCCAGACUAUGAGUUCCUGUGCUGGCGUUGCUUCCAGAGGUAGUUUGUUUACAUUUACAUUGUUUACAAACAUUGGAGUAAAACAAGCUUAUAUUUUGGGUUCUGAUGGAGCACGACAGUCGAACUAAGCUCAUGAGGCAUUUAUUAGUUACGCUAUACAGUCGUGGUCAAAAGUUUUGAGAAUGACACAAAUACUAAUUUUCACAAAGUCUGCUGCCUCAGUUUUGAUGAUCAGUGAUCAGAUGAAGUCCCUCUUUGCCAUGAAAAUGAACUUAAUCCCCAAAAAAACAUUUCCACUGCAUUUCAGCCCUGCCACAAAAGGACCAGCUGCCAUCAUGUCAGUGAUUCUCUCGUUAUCACAGGUGAGAGUGUUGACGAGUACAAGGCUGGAGAUCACUCUGUCAUGCUGAUUGAGUUAGAAUAACAGACUGGAAGCUUUAAAAGGAGGGUGGUGCUUGAAAUCAUUGUUCUUCCUCUGUUAACCAUGGUUACCUGCAAGGAAACACGUGCCAUCUUCAUUGCUUUGCACAGAAAGGGCUUCACAGGCAAGGAUAUUGCUGCUAGUAAGAUUGCACCUAAAUCAACCAUUUAUCGGAUCAUCAAGAACUUAAAGGAGAGAGGUUCAAUUAUUGUGAAGAAGGCGUCAGGGCGCCCAAGAAAGUCCAGCAAGCGCCAGGACCGUCUCCUAAAGUUGAUUCAGCUGCGGGAUCAGAGCACCACCAGUGCAGAGCUUGCUCAGGAAUGGCAGCAGGCAGGUGUGAGUGCAUCUGCACGCACAGUGAGGCGAAGACUUUUGGAGGAUGGCCUGGUGUCAAGAAGGGCAGCAAAGAAGCCACUUCUCUCCAGGAAAAACAUCAGGGACAGACUGAUAUUCUGCAAAAGGUACAGGGAUUGGACAGCUGAUGACUGGGGUAAAGUCAUUUUCUCGGAUGAAUCACCUUUCCGAUUGUUUGGGGCAUCCGGAAAACACCUUGUCCGGAGAAGACAAGGUGAGCGCUACCAUCAGUCCUGUGUAAUGCCAACAGUAAAGCAUCCUGAGACCAUUCAUGUGUGGGGUUGCUUCUCAGCCAAGGGAGUGGGCUCACUCACCAUUUUGCCUAAGAACACAGUCAUGAAUAAAGAAUGGUACCAACACAUCCUCCGAGAGCAACUUCUCCCAACCAUCCAAGAACAGGUUGGUGACGACCAAUGCCUUUUCCAGCAUGAUGGAGCACCUUGCCAUAAGGCAAAAGUUAUAACUAAGUGGCUUGGGGAACAAAACAUCAACAUUUUGGGUCCAUGGCCAGGAAACUCCCCAGACCUUAAUCCCAUUGAGAACUUGUGGUCGAUCUUCAAGAGGCGGGUGGACAAACAAAACCCACAAAUUCUGACAAACUCCAAGUAUUGAUUAUGCAAGAAUGGGCUGCCAUCAGUCAGGAUGUGGCCCAGAAGUUAAUUGACAGCAUGCCAGGGUGGAUUGCAGAGGUCUUGAAAAAGAAGGGUAUAUAUUGACUCUUUGCAUAAACUUAAUGUAAUUGUCAAUAAAAGCCUUUGACACUUAUGGAAUAAUAAUAUGCCGUUUAGCAGACACUUUUAUCCAAAGCGACUUAGUCAUGUGUGCAUACAUUUUUACGUAUGGGUGGUCCCGGGGAUCGAACCCACUACCCUGGCGUUACAAGCGCCAUGCUCUACCAAUUGAGCUACAGAGGACCACUUGUAUGCUUGUAAUUAUACUUCAGUAUACCAUAGUAACAUCUGACAAAAAUAUCUCAUAACACUGAAGCAGCGAACUUUGUGAAGACCAAUACUUGUGUCAUUCUCAAAACCUUUGACCACAAAUGUAUAUACAAAAGUGUGUGGACACAGAACAUUUUAAUUGAAUUUAGCUGAAUAAAAUAUGAAUUAUAUUUUUCCCAUUCCGGAGCUAGAGCACAUAGGAAGUGGCUAAAUUGAGUGUAAAAAGUAUUAUUAUACGGUAGAUUUAGAGUUAUUUGGCAACUUAAGUUGUGAAUGAUACAAACCUUAGAAUUUCCUUGGAAAUCAAAAGAUACUGUAUAUGAGCAGCAUUAUGUGGCUAUACGCUAUUGAUGAUUUGAGAAAGUUGCCUCAGGCUGCACAGCUGUUCUCUCAUCAAGUGAUCAUGUUUUCACCCAUCAGACUAUUCUCAAUUGAAUCUUGUGUUUACUAAUAUGUAAAAUUUAUUUUCGAUAUAGAAUGGCCCAUUAUCAAAUGGGCAGGAACAGGGUCAGGGGAAGAAAAUACACCCUUAUGCACUCGAAUAGCGUAUGGAGGCCACGCGCUUUCCUGCUGGGUGGUUUUUCAAUGAUGCUGGGUAGGCUACUUCGGUUUUAUAGCAGAGCAUGUCCUUAAUAUGAGCAGCUGAGAAGUAAAUAUAAGAACACUUAUUUCACUCCACGCAUCAUCCACUGUUUGAGGAGCAUGCUCUCACUGCCUGACAGGUGAUAUUCCGCCCCAAACUCUGUAUGCCUUGGGCUCUCCAACCAUGUUCCUGCAGCUACCCAGUGCUUAAUUUGGGAAACCAAGUGAAAUCUGUUCGAAACAUUGAUAGUAACAUGUUUUUGCAAUGACAUAUUUCACUAAACUGUGGACAGCCCCUCUGCAUGCUCAAGAAAGGAAUAAAGGAGAGAGAGGAGGAGAUUGGAAAACGCAUGGUGGUGAGAUAUUCUGUAUAGCUAAAGGUAAUGUGUCACCCGAUUAAUUAAGAAAAUAUAAAAAAAUCCCUAUUACUAGGCUAUUCAAAAUGAAAUACAAAUGCACUAUAAUUGUAGGCUAACUGUAAGCCGCCCUGCACAAUCAAUGAACCAACAGCAUUGCCUAGGGCUAUACGUUUUCUCCCAGACUCAUGGAUAUAAAUUUUUGAGAGUAGCAGAAGGUAACCAGUCCAUCCAGUAUACAUAAUAAUACAGUCCACAGUCAAAGGCCAUUACUCAAAUGUCUUUAAUUUUGGAGUAUAUGCUAGACCAAUUAUGCACCAAAGACAUCUUAAAUCAGUUUUUUGGGGGUGUUUUUCUGCCAUGUGUAAUAUGCAGUAGGCUAUGUAUUGUAUAACAGCACAAUCAUAAUUUGAAAUCAGUUGUUUUGGGGGGGGCUCAUAUAUAGACCUAUGCAUAUGCAUAAGCUCUAAUAUGCGAAUGGAUGUUUUGAAUUAAUCAUCCCCUUAGAAAGGCUGUCCUGGCCAUUAGGACCUGAUGGUCGUUAGCAAGUUGGCUACUACCAACGCAUGUCCAGAGUGCAUAAGAGAAGAUCACCAUGCCUCAACGGUCAUGUGGAAUUUUACUGACUCAUGAAUGCCGGUGUGGCGGUAAUACGGUCACCGUAACAGCCCUACUCACCAGACAUGUCACCCAUUGAGCACGUUUGGUAUGCUCUGGAUCGACGUGUAUGACAGUGUGUUCCAUUUCCUGCCUCAUAUCCAGCAAAUUCGCACAGCCAUUGAAGAGGAGUGGGACAACAUUCCCACAGGCCAUAAUCAACAGCCUGAUCAACUCUAUGUGAAGGAGAUGUGUUGUGCUGCAUGAGGCAAAUGGUGGUCACACCAGAUACUGACUGGUUUUCUAAUCCACGCCCCUAUCUUUUUUUUAAGGUAUCUGUGUCCAACAGAUGCAUAUCUGUAUUCCCAGUCAUGUGAAAUCCAUAGAUUAGGGCCUAAUGAAUUUAUUUCAAUUGACCGAUUUCCUUAUAUGAACUGUAAGUCAGUAAAAUCUUUAAAUUGUUGAAUGUUGCGUUUAUAUUUUUGUUCAGUGUAGCAACUAAGGAUUCUAGCAUUAACUGGUAAUUUCAUAUUUGUUUAUCAUUUGUUGGUGCUUUGACCUUUCCAAAUAAUCACAGUGACAUCUCUCCUCAAUGUAGGAGCAUUAGCCACAGGAAGACUGAAAGACGCCUAUUGUUGUUUCUGUGCAAUUUAUAACUCUGGAAGACGUAAGAGAUGUGGCUAUUUAGGAUACUAGCUGGUCAUUAGUUCAAACUGAUACACAUAAGGAUGUUUGUUUCCCUCCCAAAAACAGAGUCCAGUUCCAUGAAACACAACGAGGUUGGUUAUAUCACAGUUUCAUAGAAAAGCCAUUUGGUAAGUGGCAUCCUGCUGGUAGACAUCAAUGGCUCACCACACGUCUGUCACACACAAUGCCGCAGACAACAGGUUGACUCCUCUGUCUCCUCUCCUCUCUCCCCUCUCGCUCUCCUCUUUCCAAAUUAAUUGAUCUUCUAUUCUCAGGAGGGGGGGAUAUAUUUGGUUAUUUUAAAGCCCAUUUAUGUGUGACAAUUUUCACUUUGACUUCAAUAUUGUUUCUCAGCCUGUCAAACAUAACAGAGAGUUUGUGAUGUCAUGUUGCAGCAUUCCUAUGAAUUCAUUUUUUCCUGUUCUUUAUGAAUGAAUGUCUGUUCCGUAUUGAUCUUGGAGCAUAUAUGGGAUCAUAUUGUUGUUGAGAACCAUCAGUAUUGUUACCUUUGAGUCAGGCUGUAUCCUCUGUGCUACCUCCUGUUCAUCAGGGCUAGAUUAAGUCAUGCUGGUCACGCUGUACUGACAGCAUGCAACAUUUUUAUUUAUAGCCAUAUCCUUCUCUAACCACUGCCUGUGUGGGGUGUGUGUGUGUGUGUGUGUGGUGUGUGUAAAUCUUCUAUGAAUCAGAGUAGCAUUUAGAGUGAGGUACUCGCUAGCUGCUCUCUCUUAUGACUACUCACAUUAGAGAGUCUAAAAAAGAAAGGGAUCUUUCUAUAGAUGGGAUGUAAAGACUGAGUAUAAGUCAUCUCUUCAUAUGCACACACACACACACACACACACACACACACACACACACACACAAAGUGUUUCUCUGCCUAAGGGUGAGGCUGCACCACCACCAAUAAUUUCCUAUGACAUCCAGAACCCCCCAGCCACUGCUGUUCUCAACCCAAACACACACCAACACUCUCUGCCCUGUUCCCAUUUCACACUGUUCUCAAUCCAAACACACACCAACACUCUCUGCCCUGUUCCCAUUUCACACUGUUCUCAACCCAAUCACACACCAACACUCUCUGCCCUGUUCCCAUUUCACACUGUUCUCAACCCAAUCACACACCAACACUCUCUGCCCUGUUCCCAUUUCACACUGUUCUCAACCCAAUCACACACCAACACUCUCUGCCCUGUUCCCAUUUCACACUAUUCUCAACCCAAACACACACCAACACUCUCUGCCCUGUUCCCAUUUCACACUAUUCUCAACCCAAUCACACACCAACACUCUCUGCCCUGUUCCCAUUUCACACUGUUCUCAACUCAUAACUUAUGAACCUCUCUCUAAGGGCAAAAAAGGCAUGUGGCAUUUGUUGUCCUAACUGGAAUUAAUGGAUAUGAAUGAAUGGAAAAGUACAAAUCCUCAAAGAACACUGUCUGCACUGACAAGGUACUCAUUCUCUCUCUCCCUCCCCUCUGUGUGUGGAGGUCAAAUCAAAUCAAAUGUUAUUGGUCGCGUACACAUAUUUAGCAGAUUUUAUUACAAGUGCAGCAAAAUGCUUAAGUUUCUAGCUCCAAUAGCGCAGUAAUAACUAGCAAUACAAAACAAUACACACAAAUCCAACACAUAAAAAUAACGAAAUUAAGAAAUAUCAAAAAAGAUCAACGUCAAAAUCUAGAAUAUAAAUAUACACUGAGUGUACAAAACAUUAAGAACACUUUCCUAAUAUUGAGUUGCACCCUCUUUUGCCCUCAGAAUUGCCUUAAUUCGUUGGGGCAUGGACUCUACAAGGUGCCUAAAGCGUUCCACAGGGACGCUGGCCCAUGUUGACUCCAAUGCGUCCCACAUUUGUGUCAAGUUGGCUGGAUGUCCUUUGGGUGGUGGACCAUUUUUGAUACACACGGGAAACUGUUGAGCGUGAAAAACCCAGCAGCGUUACAGUUCUUGACACACUCAAACUGGUGCGCUUGGCAGCUACUACCAUACCCUGUUCAAAGGCACUUAAAUCCUUUGUCUUCCCCAUUCAUCUUCUGAAUGGCACACAUACACAAUCCAUGUCUCAAUUGUCUCAAGGCUUCUUUAACAUGUCCCCUCCCCUUCAUCUACACUGAUUGAAGUGGAUUUAACAGGUGACAUCAAUAAGUUAUCACAGCUUUAACCUGGAUUCACCUGUUCAGUCUGUCACUGAAAGAGCAGGUGAGCCUAAUGUUUUGUACACUCAGUAUAUAUGUAUAUAAUGGUGUGUAUAGACAGUAUUUACAGUAUAUGAAUUGAAAAGGUGUGUACAGCAGUAGUUAUAUAAGAUGAGCCUUAACUAGAAUACAGUAUAUACAUAUGAAGUGGGUAAAACAGUAUGCAAACAUAAUUAAAGUGACCAUUGUUCAAUGACUAUGACAUAGGGCAGCAGUCUCUAAGGUAGCCGGCUAGUAAAAGUGACUAAAUUCAGGGCAGGGUACUGGGCGGAGGCCGGCUAGUGGUGGCUAUUUAACAGUCUGAUGGCCUGGAGAUAGAAGCUGUUUUUCAGUCUCUCGGUCCCAGCUUUGAGUAACCCCUUGAUGACAUUGCCUUCUUGCCCUCUGUUGCCUAAUCUCUCCAAGAAACAGAUUUCCUUGAAACCCAGUGAUGUCUGCCCAUCAGCAUGGCUGAAUUUGAGAGAAUAUUUUGGCAUUUGUAAUCUCUACGCGAUCGGUGUCCCGUAUACGGGACAGUUGAGCUAACGUGCCCUAAUGUGAUUAGCAUGACUGUUGUAAGUAACAGCAAACUUUCCAGGACAUAGACAUGUCUUAUAUGAGCAGAAAGCUUACAUUGUUGUUAAUCUAACUGCACUGUCCAAUUUAUAGUAGCUAUUACAGUGAAAAGAUACCAUGCUAUUGUUUGAGGAGAGUGCACAACAACGAAAAACGUAUCACGGCAACUAGUUUGAUACAUUCACCUCUGAAGGUAAAUAAUGUACUUACAUUCAGUAAUCUUGCUCUGAUUUGUCAUCCUAAGGGUCCCAGAGAUAAAAUGUAGCAUAGUUUUAUUUUAUAAAAUCCAUUUUUAUAUUCAAAUGUAGGAACUGGUUUCUACAGUUUGAACCCCUGCUGUCUCUGGCUCCACACCCACCCCGCCCGGCCAUCUAGAUGUGUGAAAGUUAGUGUAUAAACUAAUGAUCCAUCAUGUUAGUUUAUAAGCUAAUGAUCCAUUAUGUAUGACAUUCCUGGGAGUGUGUAAACUUACAUUUUAUAUUACCAUAUCAUUUUUGUAUGUUCUCUAUAGUUAUGUACUUGAAAAUGUAUCAAUUGACCAAUUCAGCACAUUAGGGCAGACUUGGUACAAAAAAGUCCAGUAUUGCAACGCUUCACUGGAUGAAUCUGAAACUUUGCACACACACUGCUGCCAUCUAGUGGCUAAGAUCUAAAUUGCGCCUAAACUGCAAUAUUAUAUUGUGGCCUUUCUCUUGCAUUUAAAAGAUGAUGGAACAAAAAAUAAAAAAUAAAUUUUUUUUGUAUUAUCUUUGAGAAGAUCUAAUAUGUUAUAUUCUCCUACAUUAAUUUCACAUUCCCACAAACUUCAAAGUGUUUCCUUUCAAAUGGUAUCAAGAAUAUGUAUAUCCUUGCUUCAGGUCCUGAGCUACAGGCAAUUUUAGGCGAAAAUUGAAAAAAAGGUACGAUCCUUAAGAGGUUAAACAAAUUUCCUGCAAUUCUACACAUUUCUCCAUGGAGCUGAGAGAAAUGUUUGCAGUUUUAAAGCAUACAGUGGGGGAAAAAAGUAUUUAUUCAGCCACCAAUUGUGCAAGUUCUCCCACUUAAAAAGAUGAGAGAGGCCUGUAAUUUUCAUCAUAGGUACACGUCAACUAUGACGGACAAAAUGAGGAAAAAAAAUCCAGAAAAUCACAUUGUAGGAUUUUUUAUGAAUUUAUUUGCAAAUUAUGGUGGAAAAUAAGUUUCUCAAUACUUUGUUAUAUACCCUUUGUUGGCAAUGACACAGGUCAAACGUUUUCUGUAAGUCUUCACAAGGUUUUCACACACUGUUGCUGGUAUUUUGGCCCAUUCCUCCAUGCAGAUCUCCUCUAGAGCAGUGAUGUUUUGGGGCUGUCGCUGGGCAACACGGACUUUCAACUCCCUCCAAAGAUUUUCUAUGGGGUUGAGAUCUGGAGACUGGCUAGGCCACUCCAGGACCUUGAAAUGCUUCUUACGAAGCCACUCCUUCGUUGCCCGGGCGGUGUGUUUGGGAUCAUUGUCAUGCUGAAAGACCCAGCCACGUUUCAUCUUCAAUGCCCUUGCUGAUGGAAGGAGGUUUUCACUCAAAAUCUCACAAUACAUUACCCCAUUCAUUCUAUCCUUUACACGGAUCAGUCGUCCUGGUCCCUUUGCAGAAAAACAGCCGUAAAGCAUGAUGUUUCCACCCCCAUGCUUCACAGUAGGUAUGGUGUUCUUUGGAUGCAACUCAGCAUUCUUUGUCCUCCAAACACGACGAGUUGAGUUUUUACCAAAAAGUUAUAUUUUGGUUUCAUCUGACCAUAUGACAUUCUCCCAAUCCUCUUCUGGAUCAUCCAAAUGCACUCUAGCAAACAUCAGACGGGCCUGGAUAUGUACUGGCUUAAGCAGGGGGACACGUCUGGCACUCCAGGAUUCGAGUCCCUGGCGGCGUAGUGUGUUACUGUGGUCCUCUGUAGCUCAGCUGGUAGAGCACGGCGCUUGUAACGCCAAGGUAGUGGGUUCGAUCCCCGGGACCACCCAUACACAAAAAAUGUAUGCACGCAUGACUGUAAGUCGCUUUGGAUAAAAGCGUCUGCUAAAUGGCAUAUUAUUAUUAUUAUUAUUAUUACUGAUGGUAGGCUUUGUUACUUUGGUCCCAGCUCUCUGCAGGUCAUUCACUAGGUCCCCCCGUGUGGUUCUGGGAUUUUUGCUCACCGUUCUUGUGAUCAUUUUGACCCCACGGGGUGAGAUCUUGCGUGGAGCCCCAGAUCGAGGGAGAUUAUCAGUGGUCUUGUAUGUCUUCCAUUUCCUAAUAAUUGCUCCCACAGUUGAUUUCUUCAAACCAAGCUGCUUACCUAUUGCAGAUUCAGUCUUCCCAGCCUGGUGCAGGUCUACAAUUUUGUUUCUGGUGUCCUUUGACAGCUCUUUGGUCUUGGCCAUAGUGGAGUUUGGAGUGUGACUGUUUGAGGUUGUGGACAGGUGUCUUUUAUACUGAUAACAAGUUCAAACAGGUGCCAUGAAUACAGUUAACGAGUGGAGGACAGAGGAGCCUCUUAAAGAAGAAGUUACAGGUCUGUGAGAGCCAGAAAUCUUGCUUGUUUGUAGGUGACCAAAUACUUAUUUUCCACCAUAAUUUGCAAAUAAAUUCAUAAAAAAUCCUACAAUGUGAUUUUCUGGAGAAUUUGUUUCUAAUUUUGUCUGUCAUAGUUUGACGUGUACCUAUGAUGAAAAUUACAGGCCUCUCUCAUCUUUUUAAGUGGGAGAACUUGCACAAUUGGUGGCUGACUAAAUACUUUUUUCCCCCACUGUAUUUCCUGCAAUUCUACACAUUUUGCCAUGGAGCUGAGAGAACAUGCAGUUCUGUACAUUUUCCCAUGGCUAAUGCUGUGUUCUUACGCUCAAACAUAACAAAAUCUAUACUGCUAAAUUAAUUGUUUUGGGAAUUUUCAAUUCUCCCUGACUGUCUAGCUUUUACUUGGGUGAUUGUUAGUUCUCAAAGAUUGUAUUAUAUAACUGUAUAGGUCCAUGAUCUUUUCUACAUACUUUAUAUCUGGUUUUAGUCGUUAAGUUUUUUUGCACUGUUUGGACAGGCGACCCCCCAAAAAAGUUUAGUCAGCCCCUUUAACGGCAGACAAAUCCCUAGGAUACACGUACACAGAGUGACCUGGGUAGACUUGGCUUCUGAAGAGUCCACUGUACAGAGUUCAUAUACUGUCAAUAAUAGUUAAUGUUCAGAAGAGGGUGUAAUAGGUUAAAGUAGUACCUCUGACUAUUCAAAGCCGAUUCAAAACUCUUCAACAGCUCCUUGACGGUACUGGCUGAUCAGGGUAAAUAUUCCUUACACGCAAUGACUACAUCAAGCUUGUGACUCUACAAACUCGUUGGAUGAAUUUGCAGUUUGUUUUGGAUGUGUUUUGGGUUCUGUUUUGCCCAAUAGUAACUGAAUGAUGACUUGAGUAAUUGUGAGUAGAUAAGAUGUUUAUGAACACUUCUAAAUUAAUCCUGAUAAUGCCAUGAUUAAGAAAAAUCCUGAAUAAAUCCUGAAUAAUGAUGAGUUAGAUGCCGUUCAGAGGCUACAGCAAAACAUGUUUUGAGAGUAUGAUCUAUGUGCCUCUGUAACUUUCUCACUCAUCAUAAUUCACGAUUCAUUCAUGAUUAUCCCAUAAAUAUGGUAGCAUCCACAUUAAUGUAGAAGUAUUCAGAAACAUAUUAUAUUCUUACUUACAAUAAAAGUGACUCCAAAAAUGGCACAAUACAUUAUUCACCAUUCAGUUCCUUCCUAUUGGGAAAAUCACAACCAAAACAAACCACAAAUGCAUCCAACAAAUUUGUAGAGUCACAAGAUUGAUGUAGUCAUUGCAUGCUGUCAAGGUUGAGCGUAGAUGUGGUGUGGAAUCAAGCGCAGGACACACAGAGGCUUCGUACUAACGUCUUUAGUGAAGACAACAAAAGAACAAGCCAACACGGCUAAAUACAACCCGGCAGGCAAGCGAACUUUACGCACACCGGUAAUAGUACAAAACAAAAGGCGCACACUGUGCGGAACUCUCUUCAAAACAAUACCGAGAGAUAAAUGAACUAGCAUCCCAAGUUGACAAAGAACAAUUACACACAACACAUGACAAAACCCAAGAGAACUUAUAGGACACAUAAUUAACACUAACAAGGAACAGGUGUAACAAAACAGACCAAACCAAACAAACAUCGAAACAUAGAACGGUGGCAGCUAGUACUCCGGAGACGACGACCGCCGAAGCCUGCCCGAACAAGGAGAAGGAGCAGCCUUGGCCAAAACCGUGACACAUGCAAGGAAUAUGGGACUACUAAACUUUUGACUACUUUAAUAUACUAUAAGUGAAUUUGUCCAAAUACUUAUGACUUCAAAUGGGGGGACUAGAUACAUGUAGCGCUUUCAUUUCUAAAUGGUAAAACAGAUGUGUAUGAAAAUACCCUCAAAUAAAAGGUGACAUUCUGUACUGUCGCCUCAUAUGAAACAUCUCAAAUCCUGGAGCAUAGAGCAGAAUUAAAAUAUUUAGCUUCACUGUCCAAAUACAUAUGGAGGGUGUGUGUGUGUGUGUGUGUGUGUGUGUACACACACCCUCCAUAUGUAUUUGGACAGUGAAGCUAAAUCUUUUAAUUCUGCUCUAUGCUCCAGGAUACAUAUGGAGGGUGUGUGUACGUACACACACACACGCACGCACGCACCACCACGCACCACGCACCACGCACGCACCACACACGCACGCACGCACGCACACACGCACCACACACACACACACACACACACACACACACACACACACACACACACACACACACACACACACACACACACACACACACACACACACACACACACACACACACACACACACACACACAUCAUAAGGCCACCUGGAGACAUUAUGGCAUCAGUAAUAUUAUCAGAGAUACUGAGGCUACAUUCUACCACUUUAUAGGGGUUCUAUGUCUAAGCAGGACACUUUUUAUCAGAGAAACAUUGGUGUAGUAUACCAGCUUUAUUUUGUACCUGAGCUAAUUACAGCCUGGUAAUAAACAGGGCUAGAUUGAGAAAUGUUCUGUUACCACAACUCUCUCAACCUGCCCCCACUUUUACCUCUGUUCUCUUUAUAAAAAAUAAAAUAAUAUAUAUAUAUAUAAUCUCAAUCUCUUCAUCCCUACCCCUCUCUUUCUGUUUCCUUUCAUCAACAAAAUCAUCCAAUGACAGUGCUCAGGGAUAGGAAACGGAUGGUGAUGCUAUAUUUAGAAUCAGGGAAGGGCAGACUGAGGGAGAGAGAGAGGGAGGAGAUAAAUCUGCAGUCUACUGCUACCUCAGGACAGACACAGUCAGAGACAGUUAGAGCCACAGAGCACGCUCAGAGACCAGCAUCGCUACUUCUCUUUUUUUAAAGCUACGCAGCCAGAUCUUAUCUGCACAGAUGUUCAUUCACACAUUCUCCUGAAGAGUUAACGAGAGAACCCUGUUACAGACACGCUACAGGAGCAGAGAAAAGACUUGGAUAUACACUACACCUUUUAUUACAGGUGAGUCUGCCAAGCAGUUGUGCCAAAGUCCAUUAAACCUACAGGUGUAACUACUGUAUUAGGUUAUACACAGGAUGCUAAUAUACAGGUAACUACCAAAAUAAGGGAAACACUUGAGUAAAUGAGAGUUCUGGCAGCUCUGGUAGCUUAGUGGUUAAGAGUGUUGUGCCAGUAACCGAAAGGUCGCUGGUUCUAAUCCCCAAGCCGACUAGGUGAAAAAUCUGUCGAUGUGCCCUUGAGCAAGGCACUUAACCCUAAUUGCUCCUGUAAGUCGCUCUGGAUAAGAGCGUCUGCUAAAUGACUAAUUAUUAUUAUAAUUAUUAUUUUCUUGCCAUGGUUUAGGUUCACUCAACCCCUUAGAGGACAAGGUAAACACCAAUAAAUACACAGCCAUUCUGAGUGAUCACCUUCAACCUAUGGUGAAGCACUUCUAUCCUGAUGGGAGUGGAUGACAAUGCCCCCAUCCACAGGGCACGAGUUGUCACUGAAUGGUUUGAAGAGCAUGAAAACGAUGUAAACCAGAUGCUAUGGCCGUCUCAGUCACCAAUUGAACACUUAAGGGAGAUUCUGGAGCGGCGCCUGAGACAGCGUUUUCCACCACCAUCAACAAGACACCAAAUUAUGGAAUUUGUCAUAGAAGAAUGGUGUUGUAUCCCUCCAAUAGAGUUCCAGACACUUGUAGAAUCUAUGCCAAGCUGCAAAGAAGGUGCUCUGGCAGUUCAUGGGGGCCCAACGCCCUAUUAAGACACUUAAUGUUGGUGUUUCCUUUAUUUAGGCAAUUACCUGUAUCUUUGCUAUGUAUAGGAAGGAUGCUAGUAUGGUUCUGAGUCACUGCAUACCAGCUAGUUGUGGUUCUAUAUUUAGCAGCUAUUCCACCUUGAGGGAUACUGGGAGAGGCUGGCUUUAGGGUUUGGCUGGAGCUAUUUUUGAUAUUGAGGUCAGGGACUGAAAUACUCUGCGGCCUGCAGUCAGGGCUGAAACAAUAUGGGUGGCAUGAGAAAAUAUAGGCUACAGUAUGUGGUUCUGGCUGGUUCUGGUGGGUUCUGGCGGGUUCUGGCUGGCUGGUCUGGUAUCUAUGGUACUUAUAUACCAGUGUGUUUAUGUAGCUAUGGUCACGGUGUGUUUGUCUUACGGACCUAUUUACACAGCUCCUCCUGAGCAAACAGAGGAGAGAAGAGGAGAGCGGGGAUAAGUAUAAAGAAAUAGGAGGAUCUUUGGGGCUUAGGUUACCAGGUAUAGAAUGGUGUUGAUGUGGUUCUGUGGGGCUUAGGUUACCAGGUAUAGAAUUUUGUUGAUGUGGUUCUGUGGAGUUUAGGUUACCAGGUAUAGAAUGGUGUUGAUGUGGUUCUGUGGGGCAUAGGUUACUAGGUAUAGAAUGGUGUUGAUGUGGUUCUGUGGAGUUUAGGUUACCAGGUAUAGAAUGGUGUUGAUGUGGUUCUGUGAGGCUUAGGUUACCAGGUAUAGAAUGGUGUUGAUGUGGUUCUGUGGAGUUUAGGUUACCAGGUAUAGAAUGGUGUUGAUGUGGUUCUGUGGAGUUUAGGUUACCAGGUAUAGAAUGGUGUUGAUGUGGUUCUGUGGGGCUUAGUUUACCAGGUAUAGAAUGGUGUUGAUGUGGUUCUGUGGAGUUUAGGUUACAUUUACAUGUACAUUUACAUCAUUUAGCAGACGCUCUUAUCCAGAGCGACUUACAAAUUGGUGCAUUCAACUUAUGAUAGCAAGUGGGACAACCACUUUUUUUUCCUUCUUUUUUUUAAUGGGGGGGGGGGGGGGGGGUAGAAGGAUGACUUUAUACUAUUCCAGGUAUUCCUUAAAGAGGUAGGGUUUCAAGUGUCUCCGGAAGGUGGUCAGUGACUCCGCUGUCCUGGCGUGGUGGGGGAGCUUGUUCCACCAUUGGGGUGCCAGAGCAGCAAAUAGCUUUGACUGGGCUGAGAGGUAGGGGAGCUAGCAGGCCAGAGGUGGAUGAACGUAGUGCCCUCGUUUGGGUGUAGGGUCUGAUCAGAGCCUGAAGGUAAGGAGGUGCCGUUCCCCUCACAGCUCCGUAGGCAAGCACCAUGGUCUUGUAGUAGAUGCGAGCCUCAACUGGAAGCCAGUGGAGUGCGCGGAGGAGCGGGGUGACAUGAGAGAACUUGGGAAGGUCGAACACCAGACGGGCUGCGGCGUUCUGGAUAAGUUGUAGGGGUUUAAUGGCACAGGCAGGGAGCCCAGCCAACAGCGAGUUGCAGUAAUCCAGACGGGAGAUGACAAGUGCCUGGAUUAGGACCUGUGCCGCUUUCUGUGUAAGGUAGGGUCGUACUCUGCGAAUGUUGUAGAGCAUGAACCUGCAGGAUCGGAUCACCGUUUUGAUGUUAGCAGAGAACGACAGGGUGUUGUCCAGGGUCACGGCAAGGCUCUUUGCACUCUGCGAGGAGGACACAAUGGAGUUGUCAACCGUGAUGGCGAGAUCAUGGAGCGGGCAGUCCUUCCCAGGGAGGAAGAGCAGCUCUGUCUUGCCGAGGUUCAGCUUGAGGUGGUGAUCCGACAUCCACACUGAUAUGUCUGCCAGACAUGCAGAGAUGCGAUUCGCCACCUGGUUAUCAGAAGGGGGAAAGGAGAAAAUUAAUGUUGUGUCGUCUGCGUAGCAAUGAUAGGAGAGACCAUGUGAGGAUAUGACAGAGCCAAGUGACUUGGUGUAUAGAGAGAAUAGGAGAGGGCCUAGAACUGAGCCCUGGGGGACACCAGUGGUGAGAGCAUGUGGUGCGGAGACAGAUUCUUGCCACGCCACCUGGUAGGAGGGACCUGUCAGGUAGGAUGCAAUCCAAGAGUGAGCAGCGCCGGAGAUGCCCAACUCAUAGAGGGUGGAGAGGAGGAUCUGAUGGUUCACAGUAUCAAAGGCAGCGGAUAGGUCUAGAAGGAUAAGAGCAGAGGAGAGAGAGUUAGCUUUAGCAGUGCGGAGAGCCUCCGUGACACAGAGAAGAGCAGUCUCAGUUGAAUGACCAGUCUUGAAACCUGACUGGUUUGGAUCAAGAAGGUCAUUCUGAGAGAGAUAGCAGGAGAGUUGGCUAGAGACAGCACGCUCGAGAGUUUUGGAGAGAAAAGAAAGAAUGGAUACUGGUCUGUAGUUGUUGACAUCGGCGGGAUCGAGUGUAGGUUUUUUGAGGAGGGGUGCAACUCUCGCUCUCUUGAAGACGGAAGGGACAUGGCCAGCGGUCAAGGAUGAGUUGAUGAGCAAGGUGAGGUAAGGGAGAAGGUCUCCGGAAAUGGUCUGGAGAAGAGAGGAGGGGAUAGGGUUAAGCGGGCAGGUUGUUGGGCGGCCGGCCGUCACAAGUCACAAGAUUUCAUCUGGAGAGAGAGUGGAGAAAGAAGUCAAAGCAUAGGGUAGGGCAGUGUGAGCAGGACCAGCGGUGUCAUUUGACUUAAUAAAUGAGGAUCAGAUGUCGUCAACCUUCUUUUCAAAAUGGUUGACGAAGUCAUCCACAGAGAGGGAGGAGGGAGGGGGAGGAGGAGGAAGAUUCAGCAGGGAGGAGAAGGUGGCAGAGAGCUUCCUAGGGUUAGAGGCAGAGGCUUGGAAUUUAGAGUGGUAGAAAGUGGCUUUAGCAGCGGAAACAGAGGAAGAUAAUGUAGAAAGGAGGGAGUGAAAAGAUAACAGGUCCGCAGGGAGUCUAGUUUUCCUCCAUUUCCACUCGGCUGCCCGGAGCCCUCUUCUGUGAGCUCGCAAUGAGUCGUCAAGCCACGGAGCAGGAGGGGAGGACCGAGCCGGCCGGGAGGAUAGGGGACAUAGAGAGUCAAAAGAUGCAGAAAGGGAGGAGAGGAGGGUUGAGGAGGCAGAAUCAGGAGAUCGGAGGGAGAAGGGUUUAGCAGAGGGAAGAGAUGAUAGGAUGGAAGAGGAGAGAGUAGCGGGAGAGAGAGAGCGAAGGUUUCGACGGCACAUUACCAUCUGAGUAGGGGCAGAGUGAGUAGUGUUGGAGGAGAGCGAGAGAGAAAAUGAUACAAAGUAGUGGUCGGAGACUUGGAGGGGAGUUGCAGUGAGAUUAGUAGAAUAACAGCAUCUAGUAAAGAUGAGGUCAAGCAUAUUGCCUGCCUUGUGAGUAGGGGGGGACGGUGAGAGGGUGAGGUCAAAAGAGGAAAGGAGUGGAAAGAAGGAGGCAUAGAGAAAUGAGUCAAAGGCAGACGUAGGGAGGUUAAAGUCACCCAGAACUGUGAGGGGUGAGCCAUCCUCAGGAAAGGAACUUAUCAAGGCGUCAAGCUCAUUGAUGAACUCUCCAAGGGAACCUGGGUUACCAGGUUACCAGGUAUAUAAUGGUGUUGAUGUGGUUCUGUGGAGUUUAGGUUACAAGGUAUAGAAUGGUGUUGAUGUGGUUCUGUGAGGCUUAGGUUACCAGAUAUAGAAUGGUGUUGAUGUGGUUCUGUGAGGCUUAGGUUACCAGGUAUAGAAGUGGUGUUGAUGUGGUUAUGUGGGGCUUAGGUUACCAGGUAUAUAAUGGUGUUGAUGUGGUUCUGUGGAGUUUAGGUUACAAGGUAUAGAAUGGUGUUGAUGUGGUUCUGUGAGGCUUAGGUUACCAGGUAUAGAAUGGUGUUGAUGUGGUUCUGUGAGGCUUAGGUUACCAGGUAUAGAAGUGGUGUUGAUGUGGUUAUGUGGGGCUUAGGUUACCAGGUAUAUAAUGGUGUUGAUGUGGUUCUGUGGAGUUUAGGUUACAAGGUAUAGAAUGGUGUUGAUGUGGUUCUGUGAGGCUUAGGUUACCAGGUAUAGAAUGGUGUUGAUGUGGUUCUGUGAGGCUUAGGUUACCAGGUAUAGAAGUGGUGUUGGUGUGGUUCUGUGGGGCUUAGGAUACCAGAUAUAGAAGUGGUGUUUAUGUGGUUCUGUGGGGCUUAGGUUACCAGGUAUAGAAGUGGUGUUGAUGUGGUUCUGUGGGGCUAAGGUUAUCAGGUCUAGAAGUGGUGUUGAUGUGGUUCUGUGGGGAGCAUUGAAAGGACCAGUUAUCAAAUAUGAUUAAAUCAGAGUAUGCAUAACCUACCCAUUUCCCAAAUGUCAGACCCCACGUCCAUGAAGACAAAGUCACUCCGAUAUUAUUCAAACAUUAUCUCUUGGUGAUUGACUUCUCUCUCUGUCGGUCUCUCCCAGCAGCCAUGCGUCCUAUGUCCAAACCGGUAUCCCAGAAGAGGAGAUUACAGCUGCCCACUAUCAGAGAGGGCUACGAGGAUCUGGUCAGAGACAUGAACCACAUGAACCAGACGAACCAGUCCAACACCCUUCACUCUGCCCAGCCUACCACCCACCCAGGGCCCUGCCCACACACCCUCUCCUCAGAGGACUACCUGCUGUCCAUCUGCCACCUGGCUCACCCCACCUCCUUUCACACCAAUGACAUCAUCAACCCUCGCAAGCAGGACUCGCUGCACCAGAGGUCGAGGCUGCCGCAGCUUGCUGUGCAAGAUGAAAACUCUCCAAAGGCCACUGCAUUUUGUCACAGGGAAAAGGCCCAUGGGAAGGAAAGGCCUGGGAUGUACUCUGACUUCAUCACUGUAUGCGGUGGACAGGGGAAAGAUUCCAACUGUAAUGAGCCUGCGUUUGGUUGCCUUGGUGCGUCAGACCCCUUAGAGUUCCUGUACGGCAGCCCCGGCCACUCCACCUGUCAAUCAGGGAAUUGGGUUUAA